UGAAAGACAUAAAUGCUUUUACUAGGAAACCAUAUAAUUCAAAUCCACAGUCUAGCGUCCCGAACGGAGUGAAAGUCCAGUUGCGAAAAAAGACCGGGGAAAAGUAUUCAUAGAGGAGGAGGAAAAGCAAAGCAUGAGCAGAAGAGCUUCUGAAUGAUUUGAUGGAGAGCAGGGCUGAUUUCAGGUCGAUUCUCCCGUUUCUGCCUGUGAUCCUCCGAUCUUCCGCCGUCCUCUGGCCUCCUUCGGUGGCGGAAGCCCUCAAGUCCCUCUCCAAAGGCCCGGUUCACAGCAAUGUCAAUUCUGGUCAACUCUUCGCCCUCGCCCUUGCUGACCUGCGCAAUUCUCUUGGGCUUCACCCUAUCAGCCCCUCCGCUUCACUUGGGUUAUCUCUCUUCUUUGACGAUUUGAUGAAUAAGGAUGAGGCUGAAAACUGGUUUCAACAAGUGGUUCCACGACUUGCUGAUUUGCUGUUGAGGUUACCAGCAUUAUUAGAUUCCCAUUAUCAGAACGUAUGUACUUCCAACGGGACACCAACUGGUCUUAGAUUGUUGAGAUCACAGCAGUCAGGCAUUGUGUUUCUUAGUCAGGAACUGAUUGCAGCUCUCCUGGGUUGUGCUUUAUUUUGCUUGUUUCCAACCACUGAUAGAGGCUCCAAACAUCUUCCACCUAUCAACUUUGAUGAUUUAUUUGCGUGUGUAUAUGAGUUUUACGAAAUGGCUCAGGAAAACAAAAUAAAGUGCAUUGUUCACUAUUUCGAGAAGAUAUGUUCAAGUAUGCCUGCGGGUAAUGUCUCCUUUGAGCGCAAGGUCCUCCAUUUGAAGAACAGUCCAUCAGAUAUUGUCUACCCGGAGGCUGAUUUCUGGAGCAAAUCAAUGAUCCCUCUCUGCCAAUUGGAGGUUCGAACCACUGGUUUAAUAGAAGAUCAGCCAAAGGAAGCUCUUGAAGUAGAUUUUGCGAAUAAAUACAUCGGUGGUGGUGCUCUGAGCAGGGGCUGUGUUCAGGAAGAAAUACGUUUCAUGAUCAAUCCCGAAUUGAUUCUCAGCAUGCUUUUCCUUCCCUCAAUGGCAGAUAAUGAGGCUAUCGAGAUUGUUGGUACUGAAAGGUUCUCAAAGUACACUGGCUAUGCUAAAUCAUUCCGCUUUUGUGGAGAUUAUGUAGAUCAAAAGGGUGUGGACACAAUGGGAAGGCGAAGGACGAGAAUAAUUGCGAUUGAUGCUCUUUGCAACGUGGGAAAGAGACAGUACAGUCUAGAAUGUCUCCUUCGCGAAACUAAUAAAGCAUUCUGUGGCUUUCUUGAUCAACGUAAAUUCACAAAUGAAGAAAUCAAUUAUGAGGAGAACCAAGAAAAUGAGAGACAAAAGCAUGAGAUUGGUGUUGCAACGGGUAACUGGGGAUGUGGGGCCUUUGGAGGAGAUCCUGAAGUUAAAGUUGUGGUCCAAUGGCUAGCGGCUUCUCAAGCACGAAGGCCGUUUAUAUUAUACUACACAUUUAGUUUGGAGUCUUUGCAGAAGCUCGAUCGAGUGGAACAGUGGAUUUUGUCUCAGGAAUGGACUGUUGGUGACCUUUGGAAUAUUUUGGUGGAAUAUUCGACUCAAAGGCUGAGAGGAGAGACCACUGAUGGUCUCUUCAGAUGGCUCAUUCCAUCCUUAUAUGAUGGCAAUGAUGAUCCAAUGGAUGUCGAUGCACUUCACAUUACAUGUAUUUCUUCUAGUUCAUGUUAACGUCAGAUUUUGUCCGGAAAGAUUCGUUAACUCCUGAUACUGGAUUUGUCGUAUUUUAUCUAUUCAUUUAUUCUUUUCGUUGCCGAUAAAUCAAAAUGUGGAACUGGAAAUCUUUAGUGAUAUUUGAUUAUUUCAAAAGUCUCUGUUUAUGCUUUUGUACGGAAUGUGAUUAAUCAAAG